CAUACCCUGGAGACUAGGCUGCAUCGCCCAGGCCACAUGCAGAAAGGUACUGUAGCAAUURUAGUGGUUUUAAUUGUUUUCUCACCUAUUAUUCCUUGUAACUUUCUGGAUUAGGUCUAUACAUGCGGUCAUCUGUUGAAUAGAUGCUUGAAACAUCUCACACCAAUGUUACUGAGAACCUUGUUGUUUCAUUGUAUCCACUUGGCUGCUGGCAGGAACUUGGCAUGGGGCUUAAUCAGUAACAGUUGCCUAUGUUCCUUUGUUGGCGUCACUUGGAUCAAUUCCCCCCACAGGGAAAAUGCCAGCUCUGCACCCCCCAAACAAUGGAAGUGAAAGAGGUUUUAAUUGCUGGAAAUGUUAACCAUAAACAUGGCUCUCUCUUUCUGAAUGGGAACAGUGUUAAGAGAAGGACCUCAAACAUACUGGUAAUUAAUUACUGGACCUCUCUCUCUCCCUGCGAGAUCCCCUGGCUCCCCUCCGCACCACCAAACCUCAUUGAAAGAAAUAUGCAGGAGGAGGAAAUGGCCCACAACUGAAGCUAUGAAAAUUCCAGGAAGAGGUUUGGGGUGUGCAGGAAAAGAGAGAACUACCUUGGAGUUUCCUUGUGUUUAGCUGGCUCGCAUUUCACUGURAUCCUUUUUUGUUGGAGAAUACUCCUGUCUUUGUGCACUCUUUUUGUGUUUAGUCUUCUACACAGCCAAUUUUGGACACUUCCCCAGCGCACCAGAAGACCCAGUGGAUGCUUUUUCUCUUUGAAUGCUCUCCGAGGUGGAAAGUUGAGGCCAAAGUCCAGCAGUAUUCUCUGUUCAGCCUCUCUUCUGCGGAAGCCGUCCCUAAUUUGCCUUUGAGGGAGCAUGAAUGGAGCAAAGCCGUGUCACAAAUGGCAACCUUUUAUGAUAGAUUAGGUAACCAUUGUGACACACUCCCUCGGCUCAGGGGUUUGAAAUGUGCUUUAUUCAGCUCUGCCUUGCCUCGUCUCUCUUUUAAAAAGAAAGAAAUACACAUUUACGCUGUUAAUAGUUGCCAGGGUGACUCGGGUAGUGUAGUCCCUACAGAUUGUAUAGGAAAAGAGGAGGGAUGUAGUGAAUGGAUGUGUAUGUCAGUGUUGAUGUGUGUGCGUGCGCAGGGGCAUGUCUGUUUUUUAAAUAAUUUUGUUAACGUUUAUGUGUAUUUCGCCGGCUGCUCUGCUUGAAAGGCUUUUAAGGGAAAUGUCAUGCUAUAUUGUCGUUGUCUUCCCAGCCUUGCUGCCAGAUGUCGGUAGUGUCUGUGUUGAGUAGUGGUGAGAGCGGGUAACAGCAACACGUCCAUCCGCGUCUGACUGCUGCUCUGAGCAGAACACAAGCCCUGGAGUUGCCUGGCCAACCAGUGAGAGGCUGCUGCGGCUGAAUAACAGCCAUGGCUGCCUGUGUGUUUUGAUUCCACCACAGAGAGAGAGUGCGCUCGGGUGGGGUGUUCGUGGGGGGGGCUGUAUGUUCAGUGAGAGACUGAGAAUCUCUCCCGCAUAAUGCACUUUGGAGAGGCCAGCGGAUAGUCAGCCCUGAUGGGCUUCUUCUUCACGUGCUUUUUCAGAUUGUGUCCAAUUGUGGAUCAGACAAGUGUGUUGUGGGGUGCUGGAGAACACUGCCUGUAACCAUGGGAUGUGUGUUCUCUCUGCCCAAAGAGAGACAGGCAGCGGCAGCCAGAGUCACUCCGCAGCGAGAAACCAGCUUUAUUGAAAAAAUGAAGAAAACGAACAGGAACAUGGUGGUUUUCUACGGCUCUCAGACGGGCACGGCGGAGGAGUUCUGCGGCCGACUGGCCAAAGACGCCCAGCGCUACGGAAUGAGAGGCAUGUCAGCUGACCCCGAGGAAUAUGACAUGUCGGAGCUGCCUCGUCUUGCGGAGAUCGACAACUCCCUGGCUGUGUUCUGCAUGGCCACCUAUGGGGAGGGGGAUCCYACAGACAACGCUCAGGACUUUUACGACUGGAUGCAGGAGAAYGACGAGGACCUGAAAGGAGUCAACUUCGCGGUGUUUGGCUUGGGGAAUAAAACAUAUGAGCACUUCAAUGCAAUGGGAAAGUAUACCGACAAGAGACUAGAAGAGCUGGGUGGCAAGAGGAUCUAUGACCUGGGAAUGGGAGACGACGAUGGCAACCUUGAGGAAGACUUUGUAUCAUGGAAGGARCAGUUCUGGCCUGCUGUGUGUGAGCACUUUGGGGUGGAGGCCACAGGAGAUGACACCAGCAUCCGGCAGUACGAGUUGGUGGUUCCAACUGACAUCAACAUGAAUAAGGUGUACACUGGGGAGAUGGGUCGCCUCAAGAGCUUUGAGACCCAGAAACCGCCUUUUGAUGCGAAGAACCCCUACUUGGCCACAGUGGCUGUCAACCGCCAGCUGAACCAAGCCGGCGACCGCCAUCUGAUGCAUCUAGAGCUGGACAUCUCAGGCUCCAAAAUCAGAUAUGACUCUGGAGACCACGUUGCUGUUUACCCCGUUAAUGACGUGUCAAUAGUGAACAGAAUAGGCCAAAUCCUGGAUGCCGACCUGGACACUGUUAUCUCUCUCAACAACCUCGACGAGGAGUCCAAUAAGAAGCACCCGUUCCCGUGUCCGACCACAUACCGCACAGCUCUGACCCACUACCUGGACAUCACCAACCCCCCUCGCACCAACGUACUGUUUGAGCUGGCCCAGUAUGCCACCGACCCCAAGGACCAGGACACCCUGCGCAAGAUGGCCUCCGCCUCCCCCGAGGGCAAGGGUCUGUACCAGAGCUGGGUGCUGGAUGCUCAGAGGAACAUCCUGGCUGUGUUGGAGGACAUGCCGUCCCUCCACCCUACCAUAGACCACCUGUGUGAGCUGCUGCCCCGCCUACAGGCUCGCUACUACUCCAUCGCCUCCUCCGGCAAGGUGUAUCCCACCAUGGUGAGCAUCUGUGCGGUGGUGGUGGAGUUCCAGACCAGCACAGGGCGGACCUUCAAGGGUGUGGCCACCAACUGGCUGAAGAACAAGGUUGUGGUGACGGACAACGGCCACAAGGCCACUGUGCCCAUGUACGUCCGCAAGUCCCAGUUCCGGCUUCCCUUCAAGGCCAGCAACCCGGUGGUGAUGAUCGGGCCCGGCACGGGCAUCGCCCCCUUCAUGGGCUUCCUCCAGGAGAGAGGCUGGAUGAAGGAGCAGGGGAAGGAUGUCGGCGAGACGAUACUGUACUUCGGCUGUCGCCGCAGAAACGAGGACUUCCUGUACCAGCAGGAACUGGAGGAGUUUGAGAAGGCGGGCGUGCUGACUCAGCUCAACGUGGCCUUUUCCAGAGACCAAGAGGGGAAGGUGUACGUACAGCAUCUCCUGAAGAAGAACAAAGAACAUCUGUGGAAGCUGAUCCAUAUUGACAAUGCUCACCUCUACAUUUGCGGGGAUGCUCGGAACAUGGCGCGGGACGUGCAGAACACCUUCUAUGACAUAGCUGAAGAGGUCGGAGGCCUCACACACACACAGGCUGUGGCCUACAUCAAGAAGCUGAUGACCAAGGGACGCUACUCUCUGGAUGUGUGGAGCUAAAGAAGAUGAAGCUUACUUGCCAGGACACCCUCACAACCCCCUAGAUGUUAACCUAUUUCAUUUGGGUGAGGGGUAACGGUAAACACCUUUUUAAACAGUUUUUGGAGGUAACACGUCAGCACCUAAUCUCGAAAUGGAAAGACGUAUGUCUGAAUGUUUGUUGUCCUUUAUUAUUGUUUUUGUUUGUAAUCUUACUGAAAGCCUUUUGUGGGGACUCGUACUGAGAAGUAGUGCUGUUAAUUUAGGAUUGUUUGGGAAUUGGCUCAUACUCUAACUUGACCCCUAACCCCCAGGCCUUUCAUGUAGAUUUGGUCUACAUUCUCCUUUAAGGUUAUGGGGGGGGACAUCUCUAUUUUGGAAUAAAUCAAUACUUUUUUUAUUAAGAGUGCAGGCAGACCUUCAUUGUUUCCCAUCAGAUUAGAAAARUUGGAGAUAAUAUACAGUACCAGUCAAAGGUUUGAACACACCUCCUCAUUCAAGGGUUUUUCUUUAUUUUAAA